AUAAUGUGAUAAUGUUGGUCUUUUUUAUUUUAUUUAUUUUUCCUUAACAAAGGUUGUAAAAUACAGUAAGAGGAUUCUUUCUCUGUCAUAUGACUAUAUAAAUAAUGUAAUGUAAUGUAAUGGGUAUGUGUUAAAAUGUACUACUUUAGUCUUUGGAUGCUUCUUUCCCUAUUGGGUCUCGAGUCUUGAGCUUGAGCUUUUUUUAAGUACCUUUUUUCUGGGUUUUUGGUGUUCAUUAUUUUCUUUUAUAAAAAAUAUGUAAAAGGGUUUAAAAGAUUGAGAUAAAAACAGGGUUUUGUGGGGUUUUCUUCUCUUAAAGAUUUGAGCUUUGAAACAAAAAGGAAAAAUCUCAUCUUUAAUGUAGUACUACCAGUUCUUACCUGUUCUCUGACAGUUUCUAAUUUAGGACCACUGCUUUCUUUGUCUUUUUGUUAUCCUAAAGCUAAAAACUUCAUAGAAUCCUCUUAGUGACCUGAUGUUGACUUUGAGCUUUUGGUUUGAAAUUUAAAAAUGCUAUCUUUGAGCUUUGUUUGUGGGCUUUAGAGAUUCUGAAAACUGUGUUCUUUGUUGAUCUUCACUUUGGAGCCUGCCUCAGAUUUUAGACUGUGAGCUCUUCUCUCAUGCAUGAUUUGGAGGGUAAGGUCUGGGUUUGAUUAUCCCUUUUGGAGGAAAAGACCCAUUUCAUUUGGAACUUCUUCAGCAUCAUUGGUAUGUUUCUUCUUAAUAUACUGGAUUUAUUUGUUUUCUUUGAAGUCCUUAAGUAACAAUAGGAGAUCAUCAAAAGUUGAGUUAGUGGGAGUUGAAAUCUUAAGGCAGUAGUUUUUUGGGGACAUUUUGGUUUUUGAUCAAAGAAUUGAAGAUGAAAGACUACAUUUAAGAAGAUUGCUUUUAGCACUGUUUUCUCCUGAUAUGAUGAUAGUCAUUUAUGCUUAAUAUUCAUUGUUAUUUGAGUAAGAGUUUGGUGUUGGUAUUGACCUUACUUGGAUAGUGGUAAUCAAAAUAGGUUUAAGCCAAAAUGGGCUGUGCUGCCUCUAGAUUUGACAAGGAUGAGAGGGUUCAGAUUUGCAAGCAGAGAAAGAGGUUAAUGAAACAGUUAGUGGGGUUUAGAGGAGAAUUUGCAGAUGCCCAAUUAGCUUAUUUGAAAGCAUUGAAGAAUACUGGUGUAACCCUGAGACAAUUCACUGAAUCCGAAUUAUUAGAGUUUGAAAAUAGUACAACUGAAGGUACCACCGAACGCCUUGUAUUGCCACCCUCACCACCUCCGCCACCACCCCCACCCCCGCCAUUGGAAGAGACUGAUGAAGAGGAAAUUAAAAAGAGUGAGUAUGAUGGCCUACAAUUUCCUCCAAUUAUAAGCUCGUCGUUGGAAUGGGACCCUUUUCGCUCUACUACACCAUGUUAUUGGGAAAACGAAGGAAUGAUGGAGCCAGUGGAUGAGGAGAACUGGGCAGAGACUAAGACAGAUUUCGAGGAAGAAGAGUCAGAAGAGAAAGCUUCUACUACAGAUGUUGUUGCUACUGAAACACUUUCUAAUAAGCUACAAAACGCAGGGUCUGUCGAUGAUAAUUCAUCUACAACGAGCUGGUGUGAUAAAGACAAUGCAGAUGGCACUGCAGUAUUUUUUAGGGGCAAGAAGUCAUUGGAGGCUUUAGCUAAGGAAUUGGAUGACUAUUUCUUGAAAGCAUCAGCUGGUGUAAAAGAAAUCACUGUUCUUAUGGACAUAAAUGGAAGUGAUAUGUUUCUUCCCCACAGUUUCAGAGAGAACAAGAGGAAAGGUACCAAUCCUGCAAAGGUCUUUAGUGGAUUGUCAUGGAGUCGGUCAUCAAGGUCACUUACCGAAGAUUCUGUUGAUUCUAGUGAACCAUGCAGGCCUGGAGCUCAUUGUGUUACACUUAAAAAGUUAUGCGACGAGGAACAAAAACUUUACAAGGCGGUGAAGGAGGAAGUGAAAACAAAAUUAGAGCUUGAAAAGAAAUCCUUAUUACUACAAAAACAAGAGGCAGAAAACCAUGAUUGGGAAAAGACAGAUAAAACUCGACAGAGCGUUGGGAGUCUGGAGGCUAUUGUCUCGCAACUCCAAGAGAUAAUAAGAACGGCUUGUUCUUCUAUAUUGCAACUCAUUGACGAGAAUUUGUAUCCUCAGUUGAUUGCAAUAACUUCCGGGUUGUUGCAGAUGUGGAGAACAAUGUACGAGAGUCACGAAGCUCAGUACCGUAAAUCACAGCUAUUGAUGCAUUUAGGGGACAAUCAAAAAAUGGAUCCAAGUACUGCUAACCAUCGCCAAGCUGCAGUUCAGCUUGAAACUGAGGUCAGUUGUUGGUAUAACAGCUUUUGCAGAGUUGUAAACUCUCAACGAGAGUAUGUGAGAACUCUCUUUAGGUGGAUCAAACUUGUUGAUAAUCUCGUAGAUGAGGAUCGAAGGAGUCUUCACUUGUCUGCAGUUCAAAGCUUAUGUGAUCAAUGGCAGCUCGCACUAGACAAAUUGCCUGAUAAGGCAGCCUCGGAGGCCAUUAAGGGUCUUUGCUCAGCUAUCCACUCGAUAGUCGUCCAACAAGUAGAGGAGCACAAUUUGCAAAGAAAAUAUGAAAAAAUAGACCGAAGAGUUCAGAAGGAAAUGGACUCGCGGGAUGAGUUAUUGAGCAAACUUCAGGGUAGCUUCGAGGGCGAAGACAUGCUUUCCGAUUUGAGCCCCAAACAUCCUUUGACACUAAAGGAUGCCAAAAUAGCAGCCUUACAGAAACAAUUGGAAAUUGAAAAGACUCAAUAUCAAAAUUCUGUGCAGGCAACCAAAGCCAUGACUUUAAACAAUCUGAAAACAAGUCUCCCCAAUGUGUUCAAAACACUCGUGGAUUUCUCCGGGGCCAAUGUUGAGGCUAUCGAGGCUUGUUUAAGCUAUACUAAACCAGAAGAUACCUGUGAAGCUGAAUUGGAAAGCACUCAAAAUUGAACCUUGAGAAAAUGCUGAUCCUGGUGUUUAGGGAUGCAACAAGUUUUGUUUUUGGUGAUAUGGAAAAUGUAGGAUCUUAUAUCUGUUGAGUUGUUCAUAACUAAUCUUGUUAAUCUUGAUUUUACUUUACACUUCUUCUAGGUCACAGUUCUGUGCUUGGGGUUUUUUUAUUCUUCUUUUGUUGAGAAACUUUUUAUGUUUCAACAAUGUCUAGCCAAAGUUAUUGUUCAGAAUAUGUUGAACCAAGCUCUUAUGUAGUGGAUAAUAUAAGAUAUGUAUAGGAAAACAUGAAAAUGCAUUUGGUGUAUUAUGAAGUGAAUGCAAAUUAAAGAUUGAGUAUAAAACUUUAAUAUUGAUCAA